UAGUGGCAAAUAAUGAAUAAAGAAGACUCUUAAAGAGACUUUGGCAUGAAGACCAACGCGAAAGAACAACAACAUGAAACGGCUUGGGAUUCGUUAACAUUUCUAUAACUUUAUACACGGUGCUGUUUCAGAUUAAACAUUCUGCAGGAUUUUUUCAUUCACUUAGAACAGUGUUACACACUUUAAUUUGUGUGUCUGUGUUUGCUCUAGCGAUCUCAGCUUGUGUAUUCUUGUAAUAGUUUCUUUUUUCUGUACUGCGCUGUUGCAAAUGUUUUACUCCGAGUCGACAGAUGGCGCCAGUCAUCACCAGAUCUCAGUCUCAGAUACAACCGAAGAAUCACGCGCUGAGUCUGACGUGUCAGCUGUAUCAAACGUAAACAGUUGACAUGGGAGAAAUAUCCAGCCAUUUACUUAUAGUGUUUGUUUCACAGUGUACAGUAGAUAUCCCCACCAGCCUGAACACUAAUAAUUUAUAAAGAGCGUCUCUCUUGUUGGUCAGGAUGAAUUUUGGUUCGAAAAGCAAGAAGCGGAUGGUGCUACCGACCCGCCCCGAUCCGCCGACCGUGGAGCAGAUCACGGAGGAUGUGAACCGAGCCGAUCCUCACGACCCCGUGUUCACUGUUUUACCCGAUUCUGCGGAAGAUCUGAAGGCCAGUUCCAGCACCAGUGAAGUGGAGGUGAGAUACCUGCAGAGCAGACGUUACAUAGAGCUGCACGAGCGAUUGCAAGAAGAACGUAGCAAUCUGGCACGGCGGAGAGAUGAGCUGCGUGCGGCCGGGGAGUCUUUGGGGCACAGCGUGAUGGAAGUCAAGAGGAGCGCACAGUGACAACUCGCAUACAUCUUGUGAACUUGAGAUUUGCCAAAUCAGUAGCUGAUGUCACUUGAUUUCCACGGAAGAGCCUUUCCUCUUGCUAAGCUGCUGUUAGCAUUUAGGCUCAGACAUUUUAAUGCUAAAAUCCAUCACUUCCUUAUGUUUGGGAUAUGAUUUGUGACAAAUGGACUUGGUCAAUGUCUAUGUGCUGUGUGUGUUCAGCACUGUAUAAGUUGUGCAGUCUCGAUGUAUUUUUCAUUAUUUAAUUUUAAUUUACAAUCUAAUUUUCACAGUCCAAGCUUCUUGAGUUUAUUGAUGACUGGAAUAUUCCAGUUUAUUCUUCGCAGCGUCAUUUUCGUUUGUAUCAAAUAAAGUUUAAUUGCCUGAUUAAGGUUUAUUGUCCAUGCAAAAAUCCUUAAUUUUAAAAUGUAAAGUGAUUUCUGUGUUAUUAGGGCAUUGGUUCUCAAGCUGUGGUCUAUGAUUGGCUGGUAAAAAAACUCCAAAUCUGAAUUCAUAAACUUACUAAUAAACUCAGUGAAUUAA